AGAAUCGGUCAGCUAGUCGUUUGAUCAACAAUCUUUAAAAAAAUGUCUGUGAUACACAGUCUGUUCACGCCAACUACAGUUGUCCUCUUAAUUUGGCUUGGCAUAAAUUUUCUACGAAAACGACGGAGUAAUUCUAUGUUUGCAAAAAUACCACAACCUUUUGGCCGAUUACCACCAGUGCUUGGACAUGUGUUAUUGUUGUUGAAGAAAGGCGUACAUAUCACUCAGUCUUCGUUUGAAGGUUUUAAUAAUUAUGCAGAUAAGUUCAAUGAAUAUGGUCUGUUUGGUUUCGCACUACCUAUUCAACCGACUGUUCAUAUCUUCGCUCCUGAAUAUGUUGAGAAGUUGAUGAAAUCAACAACACAUAUCAAUAAAUCCUCUGGAUAUUAUUCACUCGUUCCAUGGCUGGGUAGUGGUAUAUUAUUGUCCAGUGGCGAAAAAUGGUACAAAGACCGUAAAAUGAUGUCACCAGCAUUUGAUUACAAAAUAAUUCAACAAUUCAUUCCGAUAAUGAACAAACAUUCGUUGAUAUUAUGCAACAGAAUCGAGACAACCCUAAACUAUCAAAUAGAGAACAGUUUGUCAGUUCUAUCGGCGUGCGCGCUAGACACAAUUUGUGAGACCUCAAUGGGAGUGGAUUUUCAAACACAAAUCAGUGGUGACAAUACCUAUUCUACAAGUAUAGUUGAAUUUAACAAGCUGGCUGUGCAACGAAGUUUAAACCCUUUGCUGAGCAGCGAAUUGUUGUAUACGUUAACCCCAAAUGGUCGUAAGUCUAGAAUUAUGAUUAAGAACAUGCACGAAUUCACCGAACAAAUUAUAGCCAAACGAAAACGUACACUGUCCAUGUCUGAUGAUCCAGUUAACAAAAAACAAAUGUCACUCUUAGAACUAUUGCUAGACAUUCAUGAGCGCGGAGAUGGCUUAAGUCUGAAGGAAAUUCAAUACCAAUUGGAUACUUUUGUUUUUGGUGGACACGAUACUGUAUCAAACACCGUAGCAUUUUGUCUCGUUUGCUUGGCAAAUUACACCGAUAUUCAGCAGCGUUUACGCGCCGAGAUCAAUCAAACCAUUGAUCACAAAUCAAUCGACAUUACUGCGGAACAUUUGGCAUGUUUACCCUAUCUCGAUAUGAUCAUCAAAGAAACCUUACGAAUGUACACGCCAAUACCAUUUACUGGACGCCAAUUGAACGAAGACUGUAAUUUUGGAGAGUAUACCGUUCCUAAGGGAACUGAUGUAUGGGUCAACUAUUUUGCUCUCCAUCGGAAUCCUAAGUAUUGGAUCGAACCGGAGAAAUUCCAUCCGGAAAGAUUUUCCACCGAAAAUUCGGCUGGCCGACAUACUUUCGCUUAUGUACCAUUUAGCGCGGGGCUGAGAAAUUGUAUCGGUCAACGAUAUGCUAAGCUAUUUAUGAAGAUUGUCAUCAGUCAAAUAGUGCGGGAAUUUGAAAUUAUUCCAGGUACUAAACCCGACGAUUUGGAAUUAGCCUUUGAAAUUACUAUAAAGACAAGUAAGCCGAUUUUAUUGAAAUUCAAACCGUUGCAGUCUGAAUAAACGCAAGAACGAGCAAUAGAAUUCUUCAUGUGAACGGUGUGAAUAACCUUACUUUCUCCACUCAAAACGCCUUGAAAAAUGGUAUUUUCUUUAAGUUUUGUCUGACGACAACUAAGGUGACACAAUUUUUAGUUUCUCAAAUCUUUCCGUCCAAUUGAAAGAAAACCGAAACUUUCUCACCUGAAUUUUCGAUUUUGAAAAUGUGUCCUGUCACUUAUAUGAUAUCUUCGUUUCAACUCUAAUUCCAACUCGCACGGUUUUACGGAUCUCGCUUCGCUCUUGUUGGAAUUUCUUAUAUUCUGCCCUCGGUAAACAAAUAACUAUUUCAAUUGUUACCAUAAACAGGUGUAAGACUUUUCAGAUUAAUCCGGAGGAUGAAGUAAAUGUAGCUCCUCUUUUACUUCAUCCACAACAUUUAUCUAAAAAGUAUUUCGGUUGUUUUGAUCGUGACUCGCGUCACAUUUCAAUCAUUUAAUGGUUUUUUUGGGGCGGCAGUUCUACCCAUUCAUAAACUUUUUUGUGUUUUAAUUGCCUCAGUAAUGUUCUCAGUGGUUUCUCGUUACGAAUUAAUAGUAAACUGAAAGUUGUGGCUUUCGGUCUUCACUCCACAGCUGUCAGAGUUCAUCGCUCAUUAUAGUGGUCGCUAUCGACACCACGUUCUAUAAGAAUCGUAUGAGUUCUAUGACGAGUUGUAGUUUUACUGUCCUUAACUUUUAACUCUUCAAUUAAAUUAAAUACCGAAAUUAGUGAGCCCUAGCGGAAUAGAAUAUUUCCAAAUGAUUACGGAGUGUAUGUGGGAUGUGCGUUUAGUUCUUUCUCAUUCAAAUUAAAAUCAAUAUUUUUACUUUAACCGUUAUCUGUAGAUAAUUGUCAUAGCAACCCACUACCUUAGCGCGAUUUCCCACUGCUAUCUCAAUAUUUUCACAAUAAAUAUUCACAUUUUCCUUUGUGAUGCAUAUCAUUAAAUAAAGUGAUUGAAGCAAUUACGGAUUAAACAUACAACACCGGAAUGACAAUUGAAUUGUAUUAAGAAAUUCAUUUUUGUUUGUAAUUAAAAAAAACUUUUAUUUUUACAUUGAUCUGUCGGAAUAUUUCUAAACGUAAAAUGGGAAACCGGUUGAUCGUUGGUGUUCGAAAAGUGUUGCGACGAAAUCAAUCAAGUGAUAGCACAGCGAUUGCAUAUGCUAAUGACGAAAAAUCGAAACAUCUUGCUGUUGUCGGGACAGAUUGUCAUGAGACCGUUGUUGAUAAAUUGGGCAAUUUUACGAGGAGUGCUAGUGGCUCGGUGAAAAGUUCGAAAGUUUCCGAAAAUAAGG